AUGAUGGAGCUGAAAGAAGCCCCGAAGCACGAGGGCUCUUCCACCAGUGUCCAGGAGGACGUGGCCUUCAACCUAGCCAUCCUGUCCCUCACUGAGCUCCUCAGCCUGGGCGGACUGCUGGGCAAUGGCGUGGUCCUCUGGCUGCUCAGCUGCAACGCCUACCAGAACCCCUUCUCCAUCUACCUCCUGGACGUGGCCUGCGCAGACCUUAUCUUCCUCGGCUGCCACAUGGUGGCUGUGGUCUCCGACCUGCUGCCUGGCCAGGUGGACUUCCCGAGCUUCAUCCAGACCAGCCUGGCCACGCUCAGGUUCCUCUGCUACAUCGUAAGCCUGAGCCUGCUGGCGGCCAUCAGCACGGAGCAGUGCCUGGCCACGUUCUUCCCCGCCUGGUACCUGUGCCGCCGCCCGCGCCACCUGACCACCUGCGUGUGUGCGCUCAUCUGGGCGCUCUGCCUGCUCCUGGACCUGAUGCUUACGGGGGCCUGCACCCUCUUCCUUGGGGAGUCCAGCAGCCGCCUGUGCUGGACACUGUGGGUGGUGCUGGCAGCCCUGCUGGCUGUGCUGUGCUGCGCCAUGUGCGUGUCCAGCCUGUUCCUCCUGCUGCGGAUGGAGCACGGGCCUCAGCGGCACCAACCCCGUGGCUUCCCUGCCCUGGUCCUCCUGACCGUCCUGCUCUUCCUCUUCUGCGGCCUGCCUUUUGGCAUCUACUGGCUGUCCCGGAACCUGCACUGGCACAUCCCUCACUACUUCUACCACCUCAGCUUUCUCACGGCUGGCAUGCACAGUGCAGCCAAGCCCGUCAUCUACUUCUGUCUGGGUAGUGCUCGUGGCCAGGGUUUGCGGGAGCCCUUCCGGCUGGUGCUCCAGCGGGCGCUGGGGGACGAAGCUGAGCUAGGAGCCAGGAGGGAGGCCUCCCACAGGGGCCUCAUGGAGGUGACUGCCUAGGCCCUGCAAGAGCUGACCAGAGCUCCAGCCUGGGGGUCCUGGGGGAGGAGCCAGAGUGGGAUCAGAGGACUUGGAAAGAGGACUUUGCUGAUGACCUGGUCCCACUCCUUAUGCCUUUCCCUUUGCCAUGCACCAGGUCCCCAGGAAGUUUCUGGAAAGGCCAGACUGGAGGCCAGGUCUCUGGAGGGCCUAGGAAGGUCCUCUGAGGAAAGCUCCGGGUGCUGUCUUGUGUUCCAGAACCUGUGAGAGCUGCUAUGUUACACACAUAGUCCUUUGAUGCAGAGAGGAGACAGGGAAGAGAUAGGUUGCCAGCCAGGCAGCAAGUCCAGGCCAGAUUCCG